AUGACAACCCCCCGGCUGGACUUUGGGGAAGUGGAAAGUUUCCUGGACAGGCACCCAGAGUUGUUUGAAGAUUACUUGAUGCGGAAGGGGAAGCAGGAGAUGGUGGAAAAGUGGCUGCAGAGGCACAGUCAGGGCCAGGGGUCUUUAGACCCAAGGCCCUUGCUGGCUGGCACCAGCAGCUUGACUCACAGUGGUGGCAGAGGCAGCAGCAGUGUUGGUGGUGGCACUGGACCAAAUGGCUCUGCCAACAGCCAUCCCAUUCCUUGUGGUGGGGGCACUGGUGGAGUUCCCCUGAGUCCCAGCUGGGCCAGUGGCACCCGGGACGAUGGGAACCUGCAACGGAGAGCUUCUCAGAAAGAGCUAAGGAAGAGUUUUGCCCGCUCCAAGGCCAUCCAUGUGAACAGGACCUAUGAUGAACAGGUGACCUCCCGGGCCCAAGAGCCCUUGAGCAGUGUGCGGCGGAGGGCACUUCUCCGGAAGGCCAGCUCCUUGCCCCCCACCACAGCCCACAUUCUCAGUGCCCUGCUGGAAUCAAGGGUGAAUCUGCCUCAGUACCCCCCUACAGCCAUGGACUACAAGUGCCACCUCAAAAAGCACAAUGAGCGUCAAUUCUUCCUGGAGCUUGUUAAGGAUAUCUCCAAUGACCUUGACCUCACCAGCCUGAGCUACAAGAUCCUCAUCUUUGUCUGCCUCAUGGUGGACGCUGACCGCUGCUCUCUCUUUCUGGUGGAAGGGGCAGCAGCUGGCAAGAAGAGCUUGGUCUCCAAAUUCUUUGAUGUGCAUGCAGGAACCCCGCUGCUGCCCUGCAGCAGCACAGAGAACUCAAAUGAGGUGCAGGUCCCCUGGGGCAAAGGCAUCAUUGGCUAUGUCGGGGAGCAUGGAGAAACGGUCAACAUUCCUGAUGCCUACCAGGAUCGAAGAUUCAAUGAUGAGAUUGAUAAGCUAACUGGAUACAAGACAAAAUCACUGUUGUGCAUGCCUAUCCGAAGCAGUGAUGGUGAGAUUAUUGGUGUGGCCCAGGCAAUAAAUAAGAUUCCUGAAGGUGCUCCAUUUACUGAAGAUGAUGAAAAAGUUAUGCAGAUGUAUCUUCCAUUUUGUGGAAUUGCCAUAUCUAAUGCUCAGCUCUUUGCUGCCUCAAGAAAGGAAUAUGAAAGAAGCAGGGCUUUGCUGGAGGUGGUUAAUGACCUCUUUGAAGAACAGACUGACCUGGAGAAAAUUGUCAAGAAAAUAAUGCAUCGGGCCCAAACUUUGUUGAAAUGUGAACGCUGUUCUGUUUUACUCCUAGAGGACAUUGAAUCACCAGUGGUGAAGUUUACCAAAUCCUUUGAAUUGAUGUCCCCAAAGUGCAGCACUGAUGUGGAGAACAGUUUCAAAGAAAGCAUGGAGAAAACGUCAUACUCCGACUGGCUAAUCAAUAACAGCGUUGCUGAGCUGGUUGCUUCCACAGGCCUUCCAGUGAACAUCAGUGACGCCUACCAGGACCCUCGCUUUGAUGCGGAGGCUGACCAAAUAUCUGGUUUUCACAUAAGAUCUGUUCUCUGUGUCCCUAUUUGGAAUAGCAACCACCAAAUCAUUGGGGUGGCUCAAGUGUUAAACAGACUUGAUGGGAAACCUUUUGAUGAUGCAGAUCAACGACUUUUUGAGGCUUUUGUCAUCUUUUGUGGCCUUGGCAUCAAUAACACCAUUAUGUAUGAUCAAGUGAAGAAAUCCUGGGCCAAGCAGUCCGUGGCUCUUGAUGUGCUUUCAUACCAUGCAACAUGUUCAAAAGCUGAAGUUGACAAGUUUAAGGCAGCCAGCAUCCCUCUGGUGUCAGAACUAGCCAUCAAUGACAUACAUUUUGAUGACUUUUCUCUCGAUGUUGAUGCCAUGAUCACGGCUGCUCUCCGGAUGUUCAUGGAGCUAGGAAUGGUACAGAAAUUUAAAAUCGACUAUGAGACCCUGUGUAGGUGGCUUUUGACAGUGAGGAAAAAUUAUCGAAUGGUUCUGUACCACAACUGGAGACAUGCCUUCAACGUGUGCCAGCUGAUGUUUGCGAUGUUAACUACUGCUGGAUUUCAAGAGAUCCUGACCGAAGUGGAAAUUUUAGCGGUGAUUGUGGGUUGCCUGUGUCACGACCUGGAUCACAGGGGAACCAACAAUGCCUUCCAAGCUAAGAGCGGCUCUGCCCUGGCUCAACUCUAUGGAACCUCUGCUACCCUAGAGCAUCACCAUUUCAACCACGCCGUGAUGAUCCUUCAAAGUGAGGGUCACAACAUCUUUGCUAAUUUGUCCUCCAAGGAAUAUAGUGACCUCAUGCAGCUUUUGAAGCAGUCCAUAUUGGCAACAGAUCUCACGCUGUACUUUGAGAGGAGAACUGAAUUCUUUGAACUUGUCAGUAAAGGAGAAUGUGAUUGGAACAUCAAAAACCACCGUGAUAUAUUUCGAUCAAUGUUAAUGACAGCCUGUGACCUUGGAGCUGUGACCAAACCGUGGGAGAUCUCGAGACAGGUGGCUGAACUUGUAACCAGUGAGUUCUUUGAACAAGGAGAUCGUGAGAGAUCAGAACUCAAACUCACUCCUUCAGCUAUUUUUGAUCGGAACCGGAAAGAUGAGCUGCCUCGGUUGCAGUUGGAGUGGAUUGAUAGCAUCUGCAUGCCUUUGUAUCAGGCGUUGGUGAAGGUCAAUGUAAAACUGAAGCCCAUGCUGGAUUCAGUGGCUGCAAACAGAAGUAAGUGGGAAGAGCUGCACCAGAAAAGGCUUCUGGCCUCCACUGCCUCGCCCUCCCCUCCCAGCCUCACUGCGGCCGGGGAGGACAGAAACUAAACCCGCAGGUCAGCUUCUGCUGCACAAUGACGGCGGCCCAGAGGGCCACCUUCAGUCCAGCCACAUCAUCCUUUUGUUUCCUUAUGCUCAGUCCAUCCUCAGGCCUCGGGGAUGUGCAGCGAAGCAUGCCUGGGCUGCCCCCUUGAAGUGUGGUCAGCAGGGGAGAGAGCGACAAGAAGGACAAAGGAGGAGGCGGGGCAGUGAGUGUCCCGAUGCUGGGCAGCGUACUUGGGUGAGAUGAAGGCUGUGGGCAGAGCCAUCGUGGACCCAAGACCCAAGGACCGUUGGCCCUGCUCGCUCUGAGCCGAGGGAACACAGAACAGCGACUGGCAUCAUUAGCGCAGCUUCCUUUGUCUAUGGCUCUUCCAUUUGUUACAAGCUAAACGCUGCCUGCUUUUGCGUCCUCUCCCUGACUCUCUUUUUGUGCCACAUUUUCCUGAGAAUCCUGAUUUGUACUCAAUAGAGGUUUUUUUUUCAAUCCUAAAGCUUCUUAGUGAUGGAUCCAAAUCUUUGAAUUACCUGUCUAAAAGAUAAACUAUGUUAUUCUUAGAAAUACCAACCAAUAGUAGUUUUUCCCAAAGAGGUUCAUAGCAGGAAUAUAGCAAAUGUGUUUAUCUGGUCAGUGUUUAUGUAAGAGUCAUAAGACUGCACUGGGAUCAUGGUCCCCUAUUUCAGAGUUUUUCUUCAGCCUUCAUUGUAGACUAGCCUUCUCCCAAAAGGAAUGGAUUAAUAGACUUUAAAGAUGAAAGGGAAUCUGUUGCUGGAUUUACCAUAAAUGACACACGAACAUGUAGGAACUAUUUUCAACAGUGAUAGACAUUUCAGAGGCCAUACCAGAGCCACAGAGACUGAGAAUUUGCAGCUUGAGUUUUCCUAGUGAUGAGUUUUGCUACAAAAUUUAAGAUUAUUGCUAGUAAGCAGCUUAAAGCCAAAUGCAGGUGUCCCCAAUUUGGGACUUUUCCUUAAGUGUAAGAAAUAAUCCUUGAAAGGUUAAGAAGUAGUCUGGGCAGAGAACACAUGCUCUAUAAGAAAAGGUGAGUCUGUUCAAUUUAACUAAGCCAGGCUUAUAAUAUGUAAGAAUAAACUGUACUUAAUAGAUGUAGUGACUAGAAAGCUGCUUUGCUCCCCUAUUUUACCAGCAAGAUUGAGGACAUGGUAUGCCUUAUUCAAAGAACACUGGGCAAAAAGAUAGACUUCUAUCCCUAGCUUUGGCACUAUUGAUUGGAUGAGUUUGGACAAGUCAUUUAACUUUUCCCAGCCUGUUUCCUAACCUGUAAAAUGAAAUUACACUAGAAAAUUAUAUUCAAAUAUGUUUGAACCUUAGAACUUUGUUAAAAUAAAUCUUACAAGGAAUCCCGAAGAUAUAAAACACCUAAUAGCUGAACUCCUUGGUUUGAAGCAGGAUUGGGGGAUCUAGAGCCCCUGCAAAUCCUUAUCUCUUUGAUUACAGACAUGGUAAUCCAUUAAGGGGAUCUGAAGAGUUUGAAAGUCCUUGGACUAGCUGAUCCCUGAGGUCCACCGCAGCUCUGAAAAUAAUAAAAUCUUACCACCAUUUUUUGCUUUUGUUACUGGUAUCAGUUAACUUUACUACUCAAAUGUUAAAGAAAUAGGGGCCAAGUUCCAGAGACAUUAUUUUUUCUGGCACCACAGUGGAUAUUCGGGAAAUGUUUGAAAAAUGACUGGGUAAACUAAAGUACCAAGACAGCAGUGAGGGGAGAGCAGGUAAUUGUAGAGAAAAAACAAGAUCUGUCUGGUAAGAAAUGAAGUAAAAAAAAAAAAUUUAACUAGGCAAAGAGGAAAAAGAAAAAAAGAAAGAUGACCAAUAGAGGAAAGAAAGUGACUGAGGCAGGUGGGAAGAGAACUGCCAAAGGAAAGGUGAAAGUCAAUACGAAACAAGAAAAAUGGCACUUUGACCAAAAAAAUUAGGGUAUAGAAUCUUGUCCCCAAUUGCUUAGAAAAGAGAAACACUUGAGUAGGGAGGGGUUUUACAAAGGAGAGAAGGAAGGACUGGAAGCCCUAAAAAUAAUGUUCCUAGCUACCCUUUACAGCUGUCUCUGCAGGGAAGACUGGAGAAACUAGAGGAGAAAAUGCAUGCAGGAAAAAUUGCCUCUGUAGAGCAGGUAAGAGGAGGUUGUUCAGAUUUAUGGAUUUUAUUAAGCCAGUUUUCUGAAUCACUCUGCUAUAAAAGAAAAUAGCUUCUGCUGAGCUGCCUCCUCCUCAGGUGAGGAACAAAGAGUAGGUGGGGCUAGGGACAGACCCUAGUCUGUGACAUCAUCGUGUCUGUAGCUCCAGGAGCACUGCAGGUGUAUCUGGAUAUAAACAAGGCCUGAUGGUUUAUAUCACAAAUGGGAAUUCAAAACCAGUCCAUGUGAGGCAGAGAUGAACCCACAUCUGUUAUCCUCCCCAAAAAUAAGUAAAGAGCCCAGAAAGAAGGCUGCUAUUCCAUCCAAAGCAAUAUUUUAAAGCAUGUGCUUUAUGAUAAAACUGGACCCAGGGUCUGACCCAGACUGCAAGAGCUUACAAGGACUUCAGCUACCCUGAACACUGAUGCUGCAUUUUGCUAAGGAGAACAUAAUUUAUAACACAAACCCUACGGCUUCCACUAAGGUUGCAUUUUCCUACCAUUUUCUUGCCUUUUUAUUGGCUUCACUGCACGGUUGCCAAUAGCAACAUCCACUGGUAGCGAGGGGAGUUCAACACCGUUGCAAUCUGCCAUACAGUGGAGCCCUGACAAUGUCCACCAUCAAUCAAGUAGCUGUUUGUAAUUGCCUCCAUCUAUUUCUCCUGUCUCAAGGUAUCUUUCCCAUUGUGGGUCAGAAUUCAGAAACUGCUGACUAAUGCCGUGGGUCUGCCCCUCCACAACCACGAAGCAGCGGAAAUGGAGGGUAGCAGCAUCCUUGGCACCAACAACCCUGGUGGUUAGAGGUUGAACUCAGGUGUUUAAGGUAUUUUUAAUCUCUUUUCUAAAUAAUUUAUAAUUUUCCAAAAAUGUUAGAUAUGUUGUAGUUAAUCAUAUAUUCUUCUUUUCCAAUAUAAAGAAAUUAUCCCAUUUCUGCUUAUUAAUGUUUAUUAGAGAAAGGCAUUUGAAACAUAAGCCUUCUUAUAAAACAACUUCAAACUGACCAGAUUACGUUCGCUUCCUCAGCUCUCUGGGCAUUAAUGGUUGAAAUGACUUCAUCCUACUUUCUCUAUGGGAUGUAUUUUUAUUUAGACAUGAUAGUUAUUCUUGUUAGUGAUUAUGCAGAUGAUACAUGCACUGCCUACAAUGUAGCCUUCGAUUCCAGCCAGUAGGGACAGCCUGCCCAAACGUAAAAGGAGCCACCCAGCACACGGUGGACAGGGGCUCCAUCCUGUAAUCUUAGGACGCUCCAGGUCUUAGGUUUUCCAUCUGUUGAAUAAAAGCAUUGAGUUUUAAAAAAAUUACUUAUUUAGGUGAAAUUCACAUAACAUAAAAUUAACUAUUUUAAAGUGAGCAAUUCAGUGGCAUUGAGUAUAUACACAGUGUUGCACAACCACCACCUCGAUCGAGGUCUAAAAAAGCACUGAUUUUUAUUCAAUUCAUUUCCACACUAAAGGACCAAGCUGUGUGUAACUUUUUAAAAUCUUCCAGAUAACUUUCUUGUUCACCCUUCUCAAAUAAAAUUGUAGCAAACCUGAAAAGGGCAUCUUCUUACUGAAGACAAAAAAAAUUACAUAUAUGGAAUACAUUUUAAAAUAACCUUAACACAGAUACAUCUGAACCUGCCUCUAAUGAUCAUGAAAGAUACAGUCAUCAAAACAACUUUUAAAAAAUAUAUCCUUUUAUUUCAUAAAAUGACAAUUUCAGAUUAUCUAGAUUAUCCCAUAUCAAAGAUACACCAUAAAUGGUAGUCAAUUUAAUUUAACAGUAAAUUUAUGAAGGGAGUAAAGAGAAGUUAAAAGUGUAUGACAUGUACGUUUUCUCUGUUUCUGAAAUCUGAAAUGUCUAUACAUUUCCGGGUAUUUCAAAUUUGGAAAUAUGUUGAGUUAGAAAUAAUCUUUAAAAUUGUGUUAGUGUAAUAACAUUAUCUAAUAUCAAUGCUACAAUAAUUCAGUUGCUUUUUUCUUGUAUCAAAAUCUAUCAUACUUUAUUUACUUACCUUAGAUAACUAAACAGAAUCUGCUCAAUUUACUUUGCAGUGUAAUUAUUUAAAGUACAUUUCUCUGCUGACCCUUAUGAAUUGAAGAAAGAUAAAAAACAGUUUCAUCCCUGCUAAAAGUGUGACACAAUUUCUUUCAAGGAAGACAGAAAUCUAAACAUAAUAGGGAAAGAUUUAAAUCUAAAGAGAAAUACUUUGGUUGGGAAAAGUAAAAACUCAACAAUGAUUCAUUACAGCAACAAAACAAAACCUAAGUUGAGAACUUAAAAAUUCUGGCAAUAUCACUGUAGUAAAGUUUCAUUAUCUGCUUCAGAAUAAGUCUAAAAACACAUGGUUUAUUCUGCCACAUGCUAUAAAGAACUCCUCAAACUCAAAUGUAUCAGGAAAUUUAAAGAUUGAAUCUGGCUACAAGAAGGCCAAGUUUUAUAAGUUUCAUAUGUGAGCAAUAAUAGACUAAAACACACAGAUGGCAGAAAUAAAAUGGGGGUAUAUCUGUAGAAUUUCAUGAAGAACAUUUUUAUUUAGCAAUGCUUGACGUCAUGCUUACAUUAUUGGUGUUACAAUACCUUUUCCUCAGCUUCUAAUUUGGGGUUGUACAUUUUUCUAAUUUAAUUUUGAAUAUUCUUGCAUGUUUGGUACAUUUCUCAACAGUGCUAAUGAUAAGUUGUUUAUCUGUGUAGUAUAUAUCUACACCAAUGUCUUUUGAAUGUAUAGACUGGUAUAGAAAUAAUAUAUUUUAUUAAGUAAAUGAAUAUAUGCUGUGAAAAAAAAAAUGUCCUAUUUGAGGCCAUCAUUUAUCUCUGUGCUCAUUUUGCGUGUGUAUUAGAAUCUGAAUUUUUUCUUAAGUUGAGAUUUAGAUUAGAUCAUAUGUAGAUGAAUUUUUUUUAGAAAACAGCAUAAUGUGGAAAUAGGAGGCUAGAUUUUGUUGAUUCUCAUUUCCUGGGGGAAAAAUUGCUUUUGUCAUUUUACUUUGAUGUACAAUAAUCUAAAAGGGAUCCCCUACUGAUUUGCUUCCUAAUUAUUAUUGUUUUACACAAAAGAGGGGAAAUACGUCUUCAAUUGAGUCAUCUGAAGUCAAUCUCUUUGUGUAGAGUUCCCAGGAUGAUGUUUCCUUAUAAGAAUAUUAUCUUAUACAAUGCUUGGCCACUUCACAAGCAACUAAUCCACGUUUUUGAAAGUCUGCUUUAAGAGACCUAAAUAUCUUUGUUUUUAAAUAAAAUGCUUGAAGAUUA